AUGGCGAGCCGCGCUCGUAUCCUGGCUUUGCGCGUGGCCAAGGACAAGUGGAUGUUCCACGCGCGCGCCGUGCCGGAGACCUCAUACGAACGCGCCUCCGAGGUCGCCGCCGCUCUGGCGAUCGCCAACGCGGGUCCAGAGAAGAUUCUUCCCCGGUUCGCGGCGCGAUGGGUCGCCAGGACCAACGCGUGGUGCGCCGAGACAUACGCGCAGUGGGGAGAGCAGCCCAUCGGUUCGUGGAGACGACGACUGCGGGACCUGGGCGCGUGGGCGCUGGACAGGAUACCGCCCGAGGAAACCACGCUCGGAGGGCUUCCCCCGGUGAUAUCGAGCGUCGAGGUCGCGUACCCGCAGUCCGCGGACGUUCGCGUCGUCCAGAGGCUGCUGCGCGAAGAGCUUCUCGGCGCAAAGGCGGACCUGACGAGGCGACGCGCGUGGACAAACGCGGGGAUCGCACCGCUCCUCCUGCCGCUGAUGCUGACCCCGCUCUCGAACGUGCCCAUCUACUGGAUCGGGUGGAGAGCAUGGACGCAGAUGAGGGCGUCUAAAAACGGCGUCGCGGCCAGGGACUUUCUAGCUAGUUCGGCGCCGCUCGCGGGUUACGACGGGUACGACGCGUCCAGCAUCACCACCAGGUGCACGAGGCUGGACGACGAGACAUACGCCGAGGACGGCGACACGGUGUGCUGCAGGGUCGAGAGCACCGGGGCGGGGCCGCGCGUGAUGUUCGUUCCGUGCGCGCUGUUGGACGCCGCGGACGAGCCGCUGCGCGCGUGUAACCGGGCCGGCGGAGUGGCUAGCUCGUUCCAGAGUAUUCACGAAGACACUGAGAGGGGUUUGUCCAGGCUGGACAGGGUCGUCGCGCCGGGAGCUUCGGACCUGGCGAGAAGGUACAGGAGAGCCAGGGCGUUGGGUGGCGGCAAGGACGCGGGUUAG